AUGCAUAACAAUAAUACUAACACCAACACUAAUAGUACUACUAACACAAACAGCAACAGUAAUAAUAAUACUAACACCUAUAGUGGCAGUAGUACUAACCCACACACUGAUAUGCACAGCUGCCAUAUGACUGGGAAAGACCACAAAUCCUGCGACCACUCAGACAAAAAGUGUACUAAGUCUGAUAUGUGCCCAACAGAAUAUUGCAAAAAUGGCAUAGCAAACCCACAAUUAUCAUCAAAAGGACAAAUGAACUACAAAAUGUGUCUUCCAACAGGAAUAUCUCCAGAAGACGUAAUAGUAAAAGAAGAAAAGAAAGGUAACAAUGGAGAAAUAAAAAUAUGCUACAAAAAAGAAAGCAAAAUAGACAGAAAUGACUUCAAACAAUGCUGCCAGCAAGAAGGCGGCAUUUGCUUUACAAUUGAUCCUAACCGAAAAAUAAAAUGCGCAAGAAUAGAGAAUGGAAUGUUAGAAAUUGACUUAGAAGAAGGAGAGCCAUCUAACAAAGAAAUUACACUCUCUUUGCCGGAUAAAAAGGAAUAA